UAGCGUGAAGCCAGUGUAGUGUAAUGGUCUUUGUGUCCAUCGAGGCGAUGCCACGCUCUGAGCCGGCCUGUUGACACCACAGCGAAUUAUUUUCACCAGGAAAUGUUUAAGAACUUAUUCAGUGGAGCCCGGCCUAAGAAGCCGGGCGGGUCCGCGAGCACUCGCGCGAGCCGCGAGAGCCUCGAAACCGACCUGAACGAGGAGCCGGUGGUCAAGGUGUCCGCCAAGCGCUCGUCCAAGGACAAGUCCCCAAAGGCGAAGCCCCAGAAGGAGAAGCCCCAAAAGGAGAAGUCUCCAAAGGAGAAGAAGCGGUCCGGCACCGGGACUUCGCCCUUUGGGUCGGGACUUCUGAAUAGGCGCGGCAGCAAGGAGAGGCGCCGCGCGGAGGCCGAGCAAGAGCGACGCCUCCAGGAGGAUCUCCAGGAGAGGGACCGCAUCCUGAGGGAGAGCCAGGAGGGCAGGGCUGGCGAGGACGGCCUCUGGGAUAUCCCGCUGGACAGCAGCGCCUCGCAGACUGUCCAGCUGAAUGGCCACUCGGGUGACGACGUGACGGAGGGCCGGCCCCAGAGCAGGUACAGCAGCCGCAGCAGUAGUCCGGCCACCUCCCCCACAGAGAAGGAGCCACCGAAGAAGGCCAAAGCCAAGAAGAGGAGCAAGGACAAGAAGGGGAAGAGAGAUGCGUCCAGCGCGCAGGUGGAGUUCCAGCCGCCGCCGCCCCCCUCCGUCACGUUGGCGGCGGCGGCUUCCAGGAAGAGCAGCAGUUCCAGCAGCUCGCCGCCGCUGUCGCCCAUGGGCCCGCGCCAGCCCAGCGUGUCCGAGAUGGUUGAGAAGUUUGAGAAGUCCGCGGGGGGUGACGCCGGCCAGGUCGCGACACCGGCGGCCCAGGAGGUCCAGCUGGAGCAGAAGGUCUCGCUGGUGGAGCUCAAGGUGCAGGAGAGCAUGGUGGUGCAGCAGAUGAGGGAGCGCCAGCAGCGGGAGAGGAUGGAGGAGUUCGAGCGCUCCACCAGGGCCGAGAGUCUGUAUGCGACUGUUGAGCCUCGAAACAAGAAGAAACCAGAGGCUGUGGCGGAGCUCUCACCAAACGCCAGGGAGGAACUGGGGAAGCAGGCGGAAGACAUAGUACGGCAGGUACGCGAGGCGCUGGAGGCCGAGCAGAACGCGUUUGAGGAGCGCCUGCAGAAGCGGAAGGAAGAGGAAAGCUACCGGGAGUCCAGGUGGAAACUGGCUAUGGAGACAGUGGACGAGGAAUGGCGUGCGGCGGCAGAGCGUCUCCGUGCGGAGGAGCAGCGGCUGCGCGGCAGGAGAGAGGCCGACCUGCAGGAGGCGGUGGCGGAGGCGCGCCAGAUGCUGAGGGUGGAGCUGGACGAGGAGCGGCUGCAGGCGCUGGCGGGGGCGCGGCUGGCGCUGCGGCAGCACGCGGAGGCGGCGCUCAGGGAGCAGGCGGAGGACGUGCUGCGGGCCGCCGACCAGAUGGUGUCCGCCGCCGUCGCCGCCGCGCUCAGCAAGCACAAGGCCAAGCUGGAGCGCCAACAAGAGGAACUUGACUCCAAGCUGAGCAGCGUGAACGCCCUGGACUCCAGACUCCAGCAGAUGGAGAGCAAGAUGGCAGACAGAGAGAAGCAGCUGGCUUCGCAAGCAGAGGCGCUGGCCGAACUGGAACUGCAGCUGGAACAGCGCUCCAGGCAGCUGGAGCAGGCGCUCGUCCGCAAGGAACAACAGCAGGAGUUGGAGUCGAAAGCGGAGCAGGCUAUGAUGCGCCUGGAACGAAUCCUGGAAGAAGAGGAGCGUGCCGCAGAAAGACGAUCCGAACAGGAAGAGAUGUGGCGCGUGUCCCUGGAGAAGCUGGAGGCAGAGUCGAAGAAGCGCUUGGAGCGGCUGGAGACGUCGGAGAGACAGCAGCGGGAGCAGUGGCAGAAGUCCCUGGAGAAGAGGGAGGAGGCGACGAGGCAGCUGAGGGAGGCGGUGGAGCAGCAGGAACAGCGACUGGCGGCCGCGAGGGAACAGCUGGCGGCGCAGCUGGGCUCGCUGCAGCAGCUGCGGCCCGCCGCACAGGACGGCGACAAACUCGAGGAGAAGGUGAGGUCACUAAUACAGGACCACGAAGCUCUCCUCGAGGAGGACUCUGCAGCGAGGAAGAAGUUCCUCAAGGAGGCAGAGGACCAUCUGCAACGCACUUCUGACGAACUGGAACGGAAACUGACGGAGGCCCGUAAACGGGACCGGGAGCAGAUGACCGCAGACCUGGAGAGGAAGCUGGAGGCCGCACGCCGAGACCAGGACGGCGCCCAGGAGCAGCUCACGCUGCGCAUCCGGGACUACGAGGCGCUGCUGGCGAGGCGUCGGGACGAGGAGACCAAGAGGAGACAGCAGCUGGACGAGGAGGCCUCGCAGGAGCUGCGGCGCUGGCGCGAGGCCCAGGAAGGGACGGUCCGCCGGCUGGAGGAGGCGCUGGAGCAGAGCCAGGGAAGGCUGGAGGCCCUGGCGGCGGCCGUCGCGGCGCAGGCGGUGUCCGGGUCCAGGAAGCGCAGCAGGGGUAGCGGCAGCAGUAGCGACAGCGACAGCGGAUCCGAGCGCCCCAGAGGGAGGUCCGUCCAGAAGCUGAAGGCCGAGGUGUGGGGCCAGGUGCUGGCCGAGCUGGACAGGGUCAAGGAGGACCUGCGGGAGGAGCAGCGGAGGGCCGCCGAACAGCGGAACGAGACGUCGCGGCUGGUGCUGAAGGAGAUGGAGGCGGCGCUGGUGGCCCGCAUCGAGGGCCGGCUGGGCGAGAUCGAGCAGGCGGCCAGCGCCGAAGGGGGGGACGGCGACGCGUCGCAGGGGGAGAUCCGCCGGCGCGUGGAGGAACUGGCCGAGGAGCUCAAGGAGAAGACCGCCAACGAGAUCAGCUCCAAAUGGAAGCUGGAGAGGGUGGGGAUCAAGGAAGAACUGGCGGAGGACCUGGAAGUGAAGGUGCGGCGAUACAUGCACGAUAUGGAACGAGACAUCCAGACCAAGACCCUGGAGGAGGUGUACAGUAAGAUCGAAGAUCUGAGAACAGCUGUAGUAGCGUCUGUCGUUGCCGAAAUGGUGGAGGAGAAAUGGAGUCAUACCGCAAAGCAGCUGGAGAAAGACAUCGUGUCGGCCGUCAUGGAGAAAGUCAAGAAAGAGAGAAAGGAAGAUAUAAGCGAAAUCGAACAAACUGUUGCCAAGGAAGUAGAGGAGAAACUGCGCAAAACUGUAGACGAUGUUGAGGAUAAAGUGGACCGCAGGGUCAGAGAAACACUGUCUACGUCGAGAAAUGACGAAAGAGAGUACACGAAGAGUUUGGUCGUCAGUCUGAUCGAAGAAAGGGGGAAACUGGUUUCUGGAGAAAUGGAUGAGAAGCUACUGCAGGGAGUGCUGGUCCACGUGAAAGACUCCAUUAAGGUCGACCAGGACAAAGCCAGGCAGGAACUGAUCGAACAGUGGAACGAGACCGUCAGACGCUCCACAGUCGAGCUGAGGGACAAAAUGGAGAAGGAAGUGUCUGAAGAAGUUAGAAAGCGCUGGAAAGAAGACAGCAACAAGAUCAGGAAGGACUUGGAAGAGGAACUCAAGGAGGAAAUAAAAGAAGAAGUGAAAAAAGUGAAGAAAGACAUUCGGGAAGACGUAACGGAGAAAGCACUCUCAGAAGUUAAGGAGAACGAGGUGAAGAUGAAAGCGAUCAUCAAUGCCGAAGUCGGAACGAAGUUGGCCAGCUUGCAGUACCAGUUAAAGGAAGAGUUUGGUAGUGAAAUAUCUCAGACGACGAAAUCUUUGGUGGAAGAGGAGCUCCUGAAGACGAAACAGCAAGUCAUACAAGACUUGGAGGCGGUGGUUCGCGAGGCGGUGAGCGUGGAGUGCGGCCGCGUGCUGGCAACGCUGUCACGGCACGAGCAGGAGGCGCGCGACCGCCUGGAGCUGGUGUGCCAGGAGCUGAUCAAGGGCCAGCUGGAUAGGCUGGGCCGCUGCUGCGACCGCGGGCUACAGGAGAUCAGGGAGGCGAUUGAGAAGGCAACGGAUCAGAUUAACUCAGGAAUUCGAGAUUGUGCGGACAGUGCAGUCCACAAGGCCCAGGAGCGACUCUCGACGCUGGAGCUGGAAGCGACGUCUCGCGUCCAGAGCGAGUGCGAGCGGCUGCUGCGUGACUUCCAGGAGGAGUGCGACCAGAGGCUCCAGCUGGACCAGCAGCUAGAGGAGGACCGCAAGCGCGAGAUGGAGGAGCGGAAGCAGCGCCUGAAGAACCUGAUCGAGAACAUCUUCGCGGACGAGGAGAGCGUGUCCACGGAGAACAUGGCGGAGGCGCUGCUGGAGGAGGAGGAGGCGGAGCUGGAGCGCCGGCUGUCGCUGCGGGGCUCCCAGCGGGGGCGGCGCCGCCCCCACUCCCAACUGGAGUCCUCCCUGGAGGGCACCGAACGCGCCGAGUCCUGGGCGCUCGUCCAGGACAGCCCAGCCGCUGCGGCCCACGAAGACGCCCCGGCAGCCCAGCCAGCCACCCCACAGAGGCCACAGCAGCCUCCUCCACUUCCGCCGAAGCCGCCUGUGGCCAAAGAAGACAGAGAGAAGGCCAAAGAGGCGGACCAGAAGAAAGAGAAGAAGAAGGAGAGGAAAGAGAAAAAAGACAAGCAGUCGUCGUCGUCCUCGUCCUCGUCGUCGAGCGCCUCGGAGGGCGAGGAGUCUGGGAAGGCCCUGGAGAGGGCGGGCGUGGGCCGCGGCACGUGGCAGCUGGUGGGCGGCGCCGGACACGCCGCCCUCAGCCUGAGGGCCGCCGGGAGGGCCGCCCCCGGGGAGCCGGACGCCGGGGAGCCGCCCUCGCCGCCCCCGCCGCUGCCGGCCACGGCACCGCCAGGACCACCGGGGAUCACGCGUCCAAUCAGCUAUGUGCCCGGUCGGACAGACGGCGACAACAAGGAAGACGACGGCGCCAUCUUCGUCUGAGAAGCGGCCAUAGCGCCUUCUGUAAACACUCACUCGUGAAUGUGACAAAUAAAAUUAGUCAGUUUUUAUUCCACAUCCCUUGUUCAUUCUGAUGUGAGAUCUUUAGUAGAUAUCUGAAUAGUGUAAGAUGCAUACGGCGUUUAUUCAGGCCCAGGCCAAUUACAUGUUUUAACAUCUUCCUUGGAAACCAAUGUGAUGUGUUCCUACUAAUUACACUUUCUAAGUCUGUAAUUCUCUGAAGAGAACGCUAAUCACCUCCAUUGAAAAGUAAGCGACAUGAAUGUUUUGGUGAGGACCACAAUAUUAUAAUUUAAAUGUAGUAAACUUAAGAACUCCAAGUUACUUGAUGUUCAUCAAAUUGCGUGUACGCGCGUUUGUGUGUGUGUGUGUGUGUGUGUGUGUGUGUGUGUGUGUGCUGUGUAUAUAUUUUUCCCGUGACAUUGUGACGACCUAAUUUGUUGUUAAGGACUAGCGAUUAUCAUAGCCUAAUAUAAUCUGUUAUUCCUGAAGCCUUCAGUCCAAAUACUGGUUUGAGAGAAUCCUGAACACCAGUGUAUCGUAUGCAAGUCCCUUCUGUCCUGCUUAGCUACUGCAGUUCAUAUCUACUAGAACCCUAGUACUGCAUUCAAGCCUAAGUCUUCCUCCAUAACCAAAUCGAUGACUCCCUGACCCCUCAGGAGUUGUCGUAAUAACCGAUCCCUUCUUUUAGUCAGAUCGUGCUGUAAAUUUCAUUUCUCCUCGUUUCGAUUUGGUACCCUCUCAUAAGCUAUGCCAUCUACCCAUCUCUGCUAUUUAUCGUACACGUUUCAGUUCCACAUAUGGCGAAAAUUCAGACCAAAUGCAACGCACAUGUCACAGUAAAGGGGGCUGAAGCUGCCGCAUCAAUACCCUGUGGAUCGUUCUGGCGACAAUCAAGGCAUGUAUAUUCACAAGCAAAUGGUCGUAAAGGUAGAGCUUAGAAUACUGUGAUAAACUGUCCCAACAACCUUACACCUUUUGUUGCAGUUCACCAAUGGUUCCUGCAGACCCUGUUUCCCACUUCAUUAUUUCCCACACCUGUUCAAUUGGCGAGAGAUCUUUUGAUGUCGCUGGCCAUAGUACGCUAUAUGUGGACGUGCAUUGUCCUGCUGAAAGAGCACACCACCCUAAAGUCGAAGAAGCGGCUGUAGCAUGGAGAUAACAGAGCGUGGAAUGUAGCGGACAUUGGUUACUUUACACUGCAGGAACACCCAAUGGCCCCUCGCACCAUAAAUUUGGGGUGUGGCCUGAGUGCCAUGGGCGAAUGCUGUCUGGAAUAGACAGCUCACUACGUCUACGCCACACACCUGUACAUCAAUCACUCGCAUGCGGACAGAACGUACUCUCAUCACUCAAGACAACAGAGAGCCAUUCCACUCCCCAGUGAACUCUUUCACGACACGGGGGUAGUGUUGCGGUGUCAGUGGUUGCUUGGCCAGAGGCACACAUCUGCUGCAAGCAGAUGACGCAGCAGGUGUGCGUAGAUUUAUACCCUGUGUGAUGUAGCGGCCGGCCACUGCUGCUGGCAUAAUUAAUCGAACCCGGUCUACAGCUGUGUCAAUAUUCCACAGACCGCUGACGAAAACAGCGACACACCACCGGUACAAAGUGUGCACCAUGUGUGACAAUCCAUUGAUAUGUCAAUCUAACUUCCUACAGGCCCAUGGUUGAAGCUGUUCACCAGGAGUCUGUACUUUUCGGCGGGCCAUGGUUGUACCCUAGAGUGAAUGUUGCGUACACUGUUUACCUCUGAACUCAGCACAGUUACUGCCUGAAGAGCCAAAUAGAGGACGCACAGACAGUCUUCCUGACCGCCACUGACCGUUACAGACUAACAACCAACACAAAAACAUCUCAGUAUGCAGACGUUAUUCCGUGGUACCAUUGAGCACAUUCCCUGAGGAUAUUGCAUUAAUUUUUUCGGCGGUAUAUUUGACAUUAAUGUAUUGCUAAUUAAGGAGAGCAUUUAUUUCUAUACUCAAAAAGAAUGACCCGACUUCAAAACUCCAUAUUUAUUGAUAAAAACAUAGUACAAACACGGGAUGGAUUGCAAAACACUCACAAAAUCUUUAAGUUUUAGCUGUGCUAUUACAAAUUCCCUACGUGUCCACCAGCAACAGCACAAACAUCUAGACGAUAGCUAAAUUCGACAUAAACUUCACACAAUGUAUCUGCUUUUUCAGAAGUUACGGUGGCUGUCGUUAUGUUUUUCAUUUCUUCUGUGUCACGACAUAUGGCGUAGAUGAACACUGUUUCCUUCACAUAACCUGACAAGAAAAAAUCGCAUGGCGGUCUUCUUUGCCGAUCUUGGAGGCCGAGAAUGCAGGGCGGUGUCUCAGGGUCCUGUACGCCCUAUACAGCGUUGAGGCAGAGCCACUGAGAAACUUAUGUACGUUGUUGUGCCAGUGUGACGGGUCACCAUCCUGUUGGGAAAUUAAGUCAUCGGAGUCCUCCGGAAGUUGUGGAAAAGGCCAGUUCUGCAGCAUCUGAAGAUAACUGAUUCCAGUUACCGUGUUUUCCUCGAAAAAGAAUGGACCGUACACUUUCAGACGAGAAAUGGCACAAAAACCGUUCACUUGAGAUGUGUCGCUUUUGUGCUCAGUAAUGUCAUCAGGGCUCUGCAGUCUCCAAAGUAAGUUGCCGCUAACAUGAAAUGUUGCUUCAUCACUGAAAAUUAAACGUGGUAAAAAUGUAAAGAGACGUACCGCUGCUGGUGGACACAUAGAGCAUUUAUAAUAGCACAGCUAAAACUUCAAGAUUUUGUGAGUAUUUGGCAAUCUAUCUCAUGUCUGUAGUAUGCUUUUAUCAAUAAAUAUGGAGUUUUGAAAUCAGGUCAUUCUUUUUGAAACACACUGUAUUAUAUGUUAUUUAUUUGUACCUUGACCAUGCAUUCUUGCUGCCCAAAAUGUAAAACUCACCUCCCUCUUUUUGCAUCUCAUUUGCUAAUCUCAUUCGACAGUAUCACUUGUCUGAAUUCCUUGUCUUACUUCCAUUAAGGUUCGUAUUCUAACCUCUUCUCAUGGCUCUACCAAUUCCGUUCAACUGAUUCUACCGGUAUUUCCUCUGACAUAAUUACAACACUGUUGGCCAUCAGUAAAAACCUCUUCUCCCUGAACCUUAAUUCCUUUACCAAAUUUCUCGUUGUUUUACACUACUCCUUGCUCCAUGUGCAGAUUGAAUAACACGAGGGAUCUGACUCAAUGCUGAAUCACUUCAUUCUCAACUACCCCCUCAUUUUCAAAAUCUUCUACCAUUCAUAACCUUUGUACAGGUUUUAUACAACCAUUCACUCCCUGUAAUUUAUCUCUGAUAACUUCAAAAUUUAGAAGAAUGUAAAAUAAUAUAUGUUGUUCCAUUGUGUGUUACUUGAAAGUAUUUUAAUGUAUGAAUUGAGCUCUGGCGUUCUUGUGUCAUGUUAUUGCUACUGAAGUAGUUCGAAAAUGAAAGUACAGUUUAAGUUUUCUUACAGGGCCGAAUAUCGGCUCUUCAUUUCUUAAGAGUUGUUUUCCUGCAAACAUUGAUUAUAAAGUGUACAAAUAAUAAAAUGUGUUGU